UUUUUUUUUUCAUUUAUCAACAAAUAAAAACAAAAUAAAGCUUUUCAUAAAAUGGCUAUAAUAAUUAAUAAUGUAAAAUAUGCUUGUGGUUCAUGUAUAAGGGGUCAUCGUGUAAAGAAAUGUAAUCAUAAUGAUCGAAAAUUAAUACAGAUAGUAAAGAGAGGUAGACAAGUAAGCCAAUGUAAUCAUUGUCGAGACUUGAGGAAAACAAAUCGCACUCAUGUUAAAUGCACAUGUGCUAUUGCAAGGACACCCAAUCCCAUUAAUGGCUGUCUUUGUGAAGUUAUUAAAAGUUGUUCAUGUGUUGCAAGUCAUUUACAAGAGGUUUAUGAAGACGAUACUAGAUCACCAUCAGAAAGCCCAGCUUUAUCAACACUACAACUGUCGUUAAUCAAAGUCAGUCAUGCAAUCAUUGUGUACUGGAUUCGAAAGAAGAUUCUGAGCUUAUUAGUUUUUUGGUGAAUGACUUGGAUAAAUAUUUAACGCCCUUACAAAAUUAAUCCUUCUAUUAAAUCAUAUUAGUAUAUGUGGUGUUUUCAUAUUUAGACUUAUUUUCAUUUGAUUGUGCAGGCAUUUUUUUUUUUUU